GAGUGUUUUGACAACCAUUCUUAGCGACCCACACAUUUCUCCCAACCGGAGGGUUGGGACACAACUUUAUUCCUGGCCUCCCAUUUGCAUUUAAAUUUACCGCAAUUCCUUCGGUUAUUUUAAUUUUUCUUUUUACCCUCAUCAACUCAUUCAUUCCAUUUCCACCUAUUUCUAAAACCAAGAAGAACUAAUAAGAUCCAAAAAAAAAAAUGGCGGUACCCAGGUUGUUAUCCCGUCUCCCGCUUCCCAUAUUCUCCCUCGCCUUCGCCCUCCUCCUCCGCCUCACCGCCGCCACCGCGCAGGUGGACCCCGCCCUCAUUUCACGGGCGUGCGAGUACGCCAAAGGCGGGACCGCCUGCGUGGCCUGGCUGCAGGACAACGAGGACGACGCCGAACUGUCGGGCAUCGACCGGUCCGAUCCCGACAGCAUCGCAUUCUUCUCGCUCAAGAAGAUCGAGAAGGAGGCGGUGGCGGCAAAACUCUCCGCCGGCACCGCGGAGGACCUGUCCCCCGCCGCCCAACAGGGGCUGGCCGAGUGCAAGGACCACUACGUCCCGGCCGUGGAUUUGAUCGAGGAGGCCGUCGACUCCUUGGCGGGAAAAGCGUACCCCGAUGCCAUGAAGUUUCUGAAAGCUUCGACUCUCGAUCUCGCCGCCUGCCAGAAGAGCCUCGCCAGGCUCGGGACCCAUAAGAGGGACACGAAGGCGGAUGUCCAUGCCACCGACGCCAUCAACCGCCGCGACCUUCUUGCGUCCCAUGUGGCGCUGGCUCAGAGCAUUCUCGAAUUUGCCGCCUCUGGCGGUGGCGCUGCCGCCUCGGUUGCUGCCCCGCCGUCUUGAUUUCUAGAAGGUUAUAACAUGAACGUUAAUUAACGACGGUCACCGUUUAGAAGGAAAAAUAAACCAAUCGCAUGCAGCGUCCAUACCAUAAUAUCUCUCCCUCGUAAUCUCAUACUCGUAACUAGUUAGGAUGUUUGGUUAAAAUGAUUUUAUAUUCAAAUUUAUUUCAUAUUCAAUGUCGAAUUAAGAACUACGUAGUAU